AUGCCUCACCACAGCCAACCCUCCACCCUUAUCUCUGAUGACGAUCAAGACUACCCAGAAGGCGGCACUCGAGCAUGGCUCGUAGUUUUAGGCGCCUGGUGCGCCAUGAUACCCUCAAUGGGUCUUCUCAACACCCUAGCCGUGCUGCAGGCCUGGGUCUUGAAGAAUGAGCUGUCUCACCUUCCAGAGUCGACUAUCGGAUGGAUCUUUGGAUGUUACGGCUUCUUUUUAUAUUUCUGCGAAUACUUUCUCAAAAUGCUUACUUUUAUAGGUCCAAUUGUCGACGCUCACGACCUCAAACUCGUCAUCAUCCCUGGCUCCAUCGGCAUGGUAGCUUCAAUGAUAUUCGUCAAAUUCUAUCACUUCCUUCUCUCCUUCGGUGUUCUUGGCGGCAUAUCCGCCUCCCUCCUCUUCAACCCUAGCCUCGCAGCAGUAGGACACUGGUUCUAUAAACGCCGCGCCUUUGCCACGGGGUUGGCAUGUACAGCAGGAGGCAUAGGAGGAGUCGCAUUUCCUCUAGUCAUCCUUUAUCUAGGCCCAAAGAUCGGCUUCCCAUGGGCGAUCCGAGUCAUCGCUCUGAUCAAUGCCGUGUCAGGAGCCGUGGCAUGCUGUCUUUUGCGUAAACGACUACCGCCGAACAAAAAGGCCGGUGCAUCGAUCGACCUGAAAGCACUGUCAGACCUCAAGUACGCGGCGACAACCGCGGCCAUCUUUCUCAUCGAGUUUGCCGUCUUCAUACCCUACUCGUACAUCUCGGCCUAUGCCCUUCAUUAUGGGUUCAAUUCACAGAAAGCGUACAUGCUUAACACCCUGCUCAACGUGGGCGCUGUUCCUGGCCGGGCCUUGCCAGGAUACGUAGCGGACCGUUUCGGUACAUUCAACACCAUGUGUAUAACGGCCUUUAUAUGCGCAGCCUUUAUCCUGACGUUAUGGUUGACUGCCGACGGUGAAGAAGUCAGAACAACAUCUUUCACCAUCCUCUUCGGUUUCUGGUCCGGAGCAGCCAUCAGUCUCACGCCAGUCUGCGUCAGUCAGGUCUGCAAGAUCGAAGACUACGGAAAGAGAAACGGAACAGCUUUUUUCAUCGCCAGCUUCGGCGCUUUAACGGGGAUACCUAUAGCAGGGGCCAUCUUGGAAGCCAACGAAGGUUCGUAUUGGGGGCUUAUUGUAUUCGCAGGGGUUCUCUACACAGCGGCGUUUGCAGCUUUUGUCUUUGCCAGAGGUGUUGCUGGAGGAUGGAACUUGAGGAUGGUAUUCUAA